UUGAAAGACGGCAAUACGUGACUGGAAACAAAAAUGAUUUACAAGAGGCUACCAGUUGAAGUUGAUUUGAACCGAUACUAAUACAUAAGACUGCUGCCGGCCGAUAAGCUACUGACUUGAUAAACAUUCGCGCUGAUAAAUUAAACACCACCCUCCUGCUUUGCCCUCGCAAAGAUGUCCCGCCCAUUUCCGUUUUAUCUUGUCUCUGCCUUCUCGAAUGAUGCAUUUGGCGGGAACCCCGCUGCCGUUGUCUUUCUCGACGAGCUUGAUAUCUCCGACGAUGGUCUGAUGAACAUCGCAGACAAUCUCAACCAGCCCGGCGCUGCCUUCCUCUUUUCAGCACCACCUUCUACAGAUCCGAGAGUAUUCAAAUUCAGGAUACGUUACAUCGUAGGGCCCGGGGUAGAAGUUCCCUUUUGCGGUCAUGCAACCAUCGCCGCUGCUAAGGUUGUUUUCGAUAAGCGCAACCUUGUUUCUACCAAGGUUGAAGUUCUCGAAUUUGAAACGCCGGAAAGUGGUGUAAUGAGGGCUUUUAAAUCGGAAAAUGGGUUCAACGAGAUCCAGCUGCCACUGGCAGUGGUGGAAGAAGUUGGAGCCGACGAGAGAGAGCGACUGUCAAAGCUGAUACACGAUGCUUUUGGAAGGGAUGUGGACAUCAAGUUCAUCGGCAAGGGAGGCGAGGGUUUCCGGAAUACUUUGCUUGUCGAGGUGGAUGCUAAGGAGGAUCUCAAGGCAUCCAGUAUCAAUGCGAAUCCGUUGAAAGAGACCGGCUGCUCGAAGAAUAUACUCACUACCGAGUCUUUGACUGGAGAGGAAAUCUUCGUUUCACGGAUGUUCGCCCCCACAAUGCUCACUUCUGGAGAAGAUCACGUCUGCGGCUCUGCUCACUGCUUGCUGACACCGUAUUGGUUCAACAAGAAGAACAUUACGGAGGAACUGGGAACUGCUACGCAGGUUAGUAAAAGAGGAGGAAAGCUCAAAGUGGGGAAAGGUAAAGAAAUUGUUUGCAUUCAAGGACAGGCAUGCAUAUUCUCGUCGGGCACAUUGUAUCUCUGAGCAAUUCAAGUCAGUUGAAUGUGCUCAGUUGAAUGCGUUCCGUGGCCAUAAGUGGCCCUGUUUCUCGCAUAAAUCCGGCUCUCGUGGUAAUCAAGACCUCCCCUGCCUCGAUACUCAAAUAUACUUGACGGGCGUCCUAGCUAUCGAUAUGUUAAAUUCUGUUUUCUCUCCUGCACAGAAUCUCUGCCUUUUUUUAUCUUCAAUUAGCAACACUCUGUUCCUAACCAUGACAAAGAUUGUGGUCAAAGCCGGUCGGACAUUCAGCCACUUUAACU